CAUAAUGCCACUAGCCCUAUCUUCUCGGCCACUGUAACAUUCGCGGAAGUAAGCGAACUAUUGUUUUGGUACAGACGGCGGGACUGUAAAUAUCGAUCCACGCGUGGGCGACGGGACAAUAAACAUGGAUGACGGAUGGGAAGAAGAGGAGCAGCUUGUUGUCGUCGAGCUCUCUGGAAUCAUAAAUAAUGAUGCUAUGUUCAAGUCUCGUGGCACCUGCAAAAUACUGGAUAUUGACAGUGAGCAGCCAAUGAUGCAAGUGGGCCAGUAUGUGUUUGCAGGAGAAUAUGAAGAUGCCCUUGGAACUUGCGUUCUCUUCGAGGAGGAACCAGGCAAAGGAAAAGAAGGCAGUGGAUCCAAGCUCAAAUACAAGUGUCACACAGUGAAGAAACUCAUGAUGCAGCGGAUUUUCCUCAGCGAGAAGAAAGAAAAUGAAAGCGACGCAGGUUGGGGUUCAUUAGCGGCAGGUGGCGAAAGUAAUAAGCAGGAGAACACAGUCUGCCAGUCGGGUGAAGAAACAAAACAGGUGGAUGAAGACCUGGCAGCUGGAUAAGACGGAGACGUUGACGAUCUUCCAAGUGAAGAAACAAGCUCUGUUGUUGUGGCACUUCGGAAAUUUGUUUCAAAAAUGCAGUCAGUAUUUAGUAAAUACGACUAUAAGUCAUGCACAGUAAUAGUUUUUUUUUUUGUUUGUUUUUCCUAUUUAGCUGACAAUUGUGUAACUCUGGACACAUUAUGUCUGUAAACGGAUGAAGAAUCAAUGACAAGAAAAGUGUCUUCAUCACUCAGUCUUCAUAAAAAUGGAGCAGGAUAAUGAAAUAAUAAAUGAGGUUUUAUUAUAA